AUGUUCAGCAAGAUAGCCGGAGUGUGGUUGGAGCCUGAGACGUCCAGUACACGGAAGAGAGUAUUUUUUAUUCUGAUAAUCAAAACUAUAAUGGGAGAGCUACUAUUGCUAGUGCCUCACAUGGCCAUGCUCAUCAACAACAGCGUAGGUAUUUUGGAGAUCGCUAUACUGAUCUACAAUCGAGCUAAACUCGCAGAACUGAAGUGUCUCCUUCAGAGUGAAAGUUUUGAGUAUGAGGAAUGUAAUAGUGCAAACAUAGUUGAAAAUUCUAAAACGACAUUUUUCGGCUGGAAAAAAUCUGGAAGCUGA